ACAUUGUUCUGUCCAUAUAUUAACUAGCUCUGCCUUCAGUCUUGUACUUUUCUGUGCCUCGUUGUCAACUGGAAUCCUUACCUGUGUGAGCUUGCUUACUUUUAAGGUCCCAUCAUGGAAGUGACACGAAAAUACAUUGAAUUUGAAGGAAUUAAAACCCCUGGUGGUGUGCACACACCUGAAAGCCUCACCUGGGCAUGGAAAGAGUUUGAAGUGCGUGAUGAUGAUGUUUUCAAUGCAACUUAUCCCAAGUCAGGAACCACAUGGCUUCAAGAAAUUCUCAGCCUCAUUUAUUCAAAUGGAGAUCCAACACCAGUGAAAACAAAAUUUAGCUGGGACCGCGUACCAUGGCUUGAACAGCAUUCAGGCAGAGGACAAGUUGAGAACAGACCAUCUCCUCGACUUAUCACAACUCAUUUACCUAGAUUUUUAUUUCCACAGUCAUUUCAAAAGAGUAAAGCCAAGGUGAUCUAUACCGUACGCAACCCUAAAGAUGUGUGUGUGUCUUUCUAUUACUUCUCCUUGUAUGCAGAAUUCAUGGAACGCAGGGAAAAUUUCCAGGAUUACAUCACACAUUUUCUCAGCAAAGAUGUUAUGUUUGGUCUGUGGUUUGAACAUGUGAAAGGAUGGUUGACAAUGAAGGACAAUCCCAACUUCUUGCUUUUGUCUUAUGACAAUAUGACAAAGGAUCUGAGGAGCAAUGUUGUAAAGAUCUGCAAGUUCCUGGGAAAAGAUCUGGAUGAUGCCGCCAUAGAUUCUGUAGUAGAGCAUUCUUCGUUUAAAGCUAUGAAAGAGAACAACAUGUCCAACUACAGUGCAGUGCCUAACGAAAUCUUCAGCAAGGGACAGGGAACAUUUCAUAGGAAAGGUAUCUCCGGAGAUCACAAGAAUCACUUUACACCUGCUCUAGAAGAAGAGUUCGACAGGAUUUACAAGGAGGCCAUGAAAGAUGUUGACCUUGCUUUUUUAUAAAAGGAAUUUUAUAUGUUUAGCUAUUAAAUGGAAUUGUACAUUUACUAAGACAAUGUCCAAUCAUAUACAGAAACAUUUAUUAAAAAUGUAUUUUUGUUUCCAUAUGGUUGGAAGAUUGAAAUGAAAAUAGUUUUACCUCAUACAUUAUGCUACAUAAACAUUUACUUUGCAAAGUUAA